GCGAUGUUUCAAUCAGGUGUGCGGCCGCGAAGCGGUCACACUAAAUUUAACUUCUAAAAAAUAGUGCCGGUCUAUAUAUUUAUUUGUAAACAACUGUAUUAAAUAUAAUAAGAGCACAUUUAUCCAACUGGAACCAUGCCAAAGGAACAGUUUCGCGCAUCCGCGCUAAACAAAAAGAUUUCACACGUGCAAUUCGGAAUCAGCGGCGCAGAUGAAAUCCAGCAGGAGGCCCUGGUACGCAUUAUCUCGAAGAAUCUGUACCAGGCCCAGCGGCAGCCGGUUCCCUAUGGCGUUCUGGACCGCCGCAUGGGCAUUAGUACGAAGGAUGCCACGUGCGAGACCUGUGGACAGGGUUUGAACGAGUGCAUCGGCCACUUUGGCUACUUGGAUCUGGCGCUGCCGGUAUUUCACAUCGGGCACUUUCGUUCCACCAUCAAUAUCCUGCAGAUGAUCUGCAAGACAUGUGCCCAUGUUAUGCUCAAGCCGGAGGACAGGCAGUUGUACGAGAAGAAGCUGCAUAACCCAAACUUCUCGUAUUUGGGUAAGAAGGCGCUGCAUGUGCAGAUGUUGGCCAAGGCCAAGAAGGUUACCAAAUGCCCGCAUUGUGGGUCGCCAAAUGGUGGCGUUAAGAAGGGACCGGGUCUCCUAAAAAUUCUCCAUGAUCCCUACAAGGGACGCAAAGUGGACUCGCUGUUCACGAACCACAUAAACGAGUUGCUGCGCUCCACGGAGGCAAAUCGUGACUUGAACUCAACGCUGGGCAACUACAGCACCGCUGAGGAGCUGACACCGCUCAUGGUGCUCGACCUCUUCGAACAGAUACCCCAGAGAGACGUGGCCCUGCUGGGUAUGUGCUCCCACGAUGCGCAUCCAAAACAUUUGAUUGUCACCCGAGUCUUUGUGCCGCCCGCAUGCAUCCGUCCCUCGGUUUUGUCCGAAGUAAAGGCCGGCACCACGGAGGACGAUCUAACCAUGAAACAGAGUGAAAUCCUCCUCAUCAAUGAUGUAAUUCAGCGUCACAUGGCCACCGGAGGAAAGAUUGAGCUUAUACACGAGGAUUGGGACUUUCUGCAACUUCAUGUCGCUCUAUACUUUCAUAGUGAGAUCAGCGGAAUCCCCAUUAAUAUGGCUCCAAAGAAAACAACGCGCGGAAUUGUACAGCGAUUGAAGGGAAAACAGGGACGCUUUCGUUGUAAUCUAUCGGGAAAGAGAGUGGAUUUCAGCGGACGCACUGUGAUUUCACCAGAUCCCAACUUGAUGAUCAAUCAGGUUGGCGUACCUGUCCGUGUGGCCAAGAUUCUCACAUACCCCGAACGCGUUAAUCCAGCCAAUAUGCGUCACAUGAGGGAACUGGUGCGCAAUGGGCCAAGUAUGCACCCGGGCGCCAAUUAUGUACAGCAGCGAGGAUCGAGCUUUAAGAAGUAUCUUGCCUAUGGCAAUCGGGAGAAGGUGGCGCAGGAGCUGAAGUGCGGCGACAUCGUGGAACGUCAUCUGCGCGACGGAGAUAUCGUGCUCUUUAACCGCCAGCCCUCACUGCACAAGAUGUCCAUUAUGUGCCAUCGCGCCAAAGUGCAGCCACAAAGAACAUUCCGCUUUAAUGAAUGCGCCUGUACGCCAUAUAACGCCGAUUUUGACGGCGAUGAAAUGAAUCUACACUUGCCACAAACGGAGGAAGCCAGAGCCGAAGCACUCAUUCUGAUGGGCAACCAGUCGAACCUGGUGACGCCGAAGAAUGGUGAGAUUCUGAUUGCCGCAACACAGGACUUUAUUACCGGUGGCUACUUGCUCACGCAAAAGGAGGUCUUUCUGACCAAAGAGGAGGCCAUGCAGUUGGCCGCCUGCUUUUUGUCCAACGAAGACUCGACGAUGCACAUAAAGCUACCACCACCCGCUCUUCUCAAGCCGCGACGUCUGUGGACGGGCAAACAAAUGUUCAGCCUGCUAAUGCGUCCCAAUGACGACUCCCAUGUGCGCCUCAAUAUGGUCAACAAGGGUCGCAACUACACGCGAAACAUGGAUCUGUGCAGCAAUGACUCCUGGAUUCAUAUACGUAAUUCGGAGCUGAUGUGCGGCGUCAUGGAUAAGGCCACCAUGGGUUCUGGCACCAAGCAGUGCAUCUUUUACUUGCUGCUAAGAGACUUUGGCGAAUUACAUGCCACCAAGGCCAUGUGGAGAUUGGCGAGGAUCGCGUCCUACUUCCUGCAGAAUCGCGGCUUCUCAUUUGGAAUCAGCGACGUCACGCCGAGCAAGAAACUUCUGCAGCACAAGGAAUUGCUAUUGAACAAUGGCUACGCAAAGUGUAAUGAGUAUAUUGACAUGCUCAAGGCGGGAACCUUGCAGUGCCAGCCUGGUUGCACGCCCGAGGAGACUCUGGAGUCCGUCAUGCUGCGGGAGCUAUCGGCCAUCCGAGAACAGGCAGCCAAGACAUGUUUUGCCGAGCUCCAUCCCACGAACAGCGCAUUGAUAAUGGCGCUCAGCGGCUCGAAGGGCUCCAACAUCAACAUAUCCCAGAUGAUCGCAUGCGUGGGACAGCAAGCCAUUAGUGGCAAACGGGUGCCCAAUGGAUUUGAGAACCGUGCAUUGCCCCACUUCGAGCGGCACUCUGCGAUUCCUGCGGCCAGAGGUUUUGUGCAGAAUAGUUUCUACUCCGGUUUGACACCAACGGAGUUCUUCUUCCACACAAUGGCUGGUCGUGAAGGCUUGGUGGAUACAGCUGUAAAGACCGCAGAGACUGGAUAUCUGCAGCGACGUUUGGUCAAGUGUCUCGAGGACUUGGUGGUCCAUUACGACGGUACAGUGCGUAAUGCUGUCAACGAAAUGGUAGAUACCAUAUACGGUGGCGAUGGCUUGGAUCCCGUGUCCAUGGAGACGCGAAACAAGCCAGUUGAUCUGGUUCAUCAAUAUGACAAUCUGCGUGCUCAGCAUCCGCAGGGCAAGGAUCGUCCACUUCUUGCAGAGGAAUUGUCAGAGGCGUUGGAAACGCUUUUGAAGACUCCUGAGUUUUCAGAAGCCCGCGAUGAUUUCAAAUUAGAUGUUCGGAACCACAUCAACACAGUGUCCAAGCGCAUUGGGCAAUUGCAGAAACGCUACGAGAAGUAUAUCAACCUAUGCCACCAGAUUGAGUGCCUCACCGCCGAGCAGCUGCUGCAGUUUGUACGCCGGAUAAAUGAUCGAUACAAUCGAGCUGUCACCGAGCCUGGCACAGCGGUAGGAGCUAUUGCUGCGCAGAGUAUUGGGGAGCCGGGCACCCAGAUGACCCUGAAGACGUUCCAUUUUGCUGGUGUCGCAUCGAUGAACAUCACCCAGGGUGUACCCCGUAUUGUGGAGAUUAUAAAUGCGACUAAGACCAUAUCGACGCCAAUCAUAACUGCCGAAUUGGAGAAUUGCCACAGCAUGGAAUUUGCACGGCAAGUCAAAGCGCGCAUUGAGAAAACCACAUUGGCUGAGUUGUCUUCAUAUGUCGAAGUCGUAUGCGGGCCAUACAGCUGCUACCUGGCGAUCGGAAUCGAUAUGGCCAGAAUCAAACUUCUCGGCCUUCACAUAGACCUGGACACAAUUGUUUUCAGCAUACUAAAGUCGCGCAUGCGCGUCAAGCCGACGCAAGUGGAGGCUGUGGCCAGCCAUUCGCGCAUCGUGGUUCGGGUGGAAGCCACUCGGACGUCGACCAUAAAUGCAGAGCUGGCGCGCUUGGCCCUCAGUCUGCAGAACGUCGUUGUGGCGGGCCUGCCGAACAUUAAUCGUGCAGUCAUUGCUGUCGAUGAUGCGCGGCAGCCUCCCACAUAUAAGCUGUGCAUCGAGGGUUAUGGACUGCGCGAUGUCAUCGCCACGUAUGGUGUGGUGGGCAAACGCACUAGGAGUAACAAUAUUUGCGAAAUAUAUCAGACGCUGGGCAUUGAAGCUGCCCGAACCAUCAUUAUGAGCGAGAUCACAGAGGUGAUGGAGGGACACGGUAUGAGUGUCGAUUGGCGCCACAUCAUGCUGCUGGCCAGCCAAAUGACGGCACGUGGUGAAGUGUUGGGUAUCACUCGACACGGCUUGGCCAAAAUGCGCGAAAGUGUAUUUAAUUUGGCAUCGUUUGAGAAGACGGCCGAUCACUUGUUCGAUGCGGCUUACUACGGCCAGACGGAUGCCAUCAAUGGGGUUUCGGAACGCAUUAUCCUGGGAAUGCCAGCAGGCAUUGGUACUGGCAUCUUCAAGUUGCUGCAACACCACGAGGACAAGCAGGUUCCACCCAUUGAACCCACCAUAUGCAGUUCCCUGAAUCUGGUGCCAAACAAAGCCUCAUGAGAAGCGGGUCUUCUUGACGCAACACUGAUAUCUACUCGUAAAGGAACCUUUUGUAAUUAAA